CCUCCUCCUCGAGCUCCUCCGACUAUCUUUAGCUUUGUCACGGAUUACUGUACGCAGUGAGCAGACGGGCAUCCCGGUGCUCAGCUUCAAGCCGUGUGUACGUUUCCCCGGAGCGCCUUCACUUUACAAAACAAAAAUCCAAGAAGAAUAAAACACUAAAGUGAUGGGGGAAUGACAGCAACAACCGCCCUCGUCUUCGGCUCUCCCUCAACGAGAACACCCCAGGAUGCUGCCGCUCUCCGGUCCGCGGUGCGGACACCAGCGGCGGGCCUUGGCGCAGCUGCUGUUCGCCGCCGUGCUGCUCUGUGUCGCCCGUGUCAGCGCUAGCCUCCCAGCUCACAACCRGUGCCCCUCUUCUUUAACGUGCGUCCAGCAACGACGCCACCACUGCCAGCCGGGUUCGUCUCACUGCGGUCCGUGUCUGUCGCCAUUUCAGGAGAACGAGGAUGGACGCUGUGUGCAGAGGAGACGCCAUCAAAACAGCAAAGUCAUGACCUUCACUGACCUGGAUGAGGAAAUAGAUUUUCUUCACUCUGUCAUAGAAAAACAACAAGAUUCACAGAUAAAAACAACAAAAAAUCUACCAAAACAAGCUGUGUCCAUUUCCUUCCAAUCUGAUGUUAAAGAUGACAAGACUUCUGAACAGAAAUUGCAGAACCAGAACAGACUCUCAGGUGAAACCCUGCAUGGGACCACCGCAACUCCAGGCGCCACCCAUCCCAACACAUCGACCUCCCAGCCCAGGAUCACUGGAGCUGAUGGCCGAUUUGGUCCUAUAGCUGUUCCACACUCUAAAAAUGACAAUGUCAUUAUCAUUAUGAUCUCUGCGUGUGCCGUGGUGGGAACUGUUGCUGUGAUCUUAGCUGCGGUUUGUUUCGUCAAGCUGCAUAAAGAUUCACGUCUUGCUGAGAAGGUGGAUUACCCGGCUUUCAAAGGGCCAAGUGCCCCUGCUGCCACAGUUAAUGGCACGUCGGUGGGCGACAAGACUCUGGCUCAAAGCGCUCAAAUGUUUCACUACCAACACCAAAAACAACAGAUGCUCUCAAUGGAAAACCACAAACCUGAACAGAAAGUCGUUGACAGCGAGGUCACGUCAGACGAGGAGGAAGUGGGAGGAGGCUUCACGGUGUACGAGUGCCCCGGACUUGCUCCGACUGGGGAGAUGGAGGUGAAGAACCCACUGUUUGAUGACUCAUCUCAAGACUAUCAGGGGAAUUCCAAGUGAAUUCAGAACACCCCAGAAAUACAAACACACUUAAUCAGAUAUUUCUUGGGAAGAAGGGUUCUAAUUUCACUCUGCCUGCAUGGAAAAUGAGAAUGACUUUAUCAAAUGAUUGUUUUYUUGUCCACCUUUUUAACUUGUUUUUUCCCACUGUGGAUUUUUAACGCAACAAACGUGUGACGGGUUUCCUGUUAAUUUAUUUCUGUCACUGUUUUAGAGCGACUCAUCUUUUAAUAAUUUAUCAUUUAAGUUCUAGAUAUCUCUGAAGGUGUUUGUCUUGUUUAAUUGUUUGAUUUAGAGAUAGAUUUUCCUUUUCUGUCUUAACUAUAAGUCUUAGGUUUUCACAGCUAUUUCCAAAGAAUAUCAUACAGUAAGAGAAAAUGUAUUCCACACUGACACCGCUACAUAUAAAUACACAAGAAUACAGAGGAUGCCCUCUCUUAUUUUCUCAUAUGGCUGAAUCACGUUAGGAAAUAUUUUCUAUCAGAUCUUUAUGAUACCUCUGUAACAACACAACACAAUGUUUAGUAAAUUGUUUCUGCUUGUGUUGCUAAUUUCUUUCCAUUAUGGGAUGCGCAUAAUCAGUUUAAUAUAUUACAAAAUAUAUAUAAAAUUAUAGUAUUUAACAAUGUAUGUUGCAUGGUUUGACUGUAACGUGUGAUCACUCUGCCUCCUGUGUGUGUGCAUCCUGUUGAUGAAGGAAAUAUUUGAUGUAAAGUGACUUCUGAGCUCUUGAAUGAAACUGGACACAAGUUAUAGCAUUGGAUGUUUCGAUGGUAAAUAUUAAACUCUUGAUUUGUCCCUUUUUCCCUCCCCGAAUAACCCUGUGCUGCAAAAUGUACAUACAAAGAGUGAUGAUGUUCACUUUUUAUAGAUAUUUGUACAUGCAGACUAAAAAGAGAAAAUUAAAACUUUUUACCACGUAUGGAAAAAA